AUGCAAUCAGCAAAUGUUACCCUGAAUUUUGAUUCAACACCAGAGAAAGCAGGCAGAAGUAUACUGUCGUUCGUCACGCCAAAUAUCAAAAGAAAUAUAUUUCCUCAACCUGAUCAAGAUUGCAGUCUUUGUUUUGAUGGUCAUGUCAACACCACAUUGAAGAAAUCAGCCAAAAGACAACUCGACAACGAUGACGUGUCUUUACCAAAGCGACGCAGACACAAUGACGAUGUGAAGACAGUUGUAAAUAUUCUCACACAAAACGAUCAUUUGAUAGCAGACGGUAGUAGAACAUACAGUUUACCAACAGUACAGGGAAAGCAUCAAGAUUUAAAGAGCAUCUCACCACAGAUUCUCGCUGACCUUGUUGAAGGUCAUUAUGAUGGCGUAAUAGAUAGUUUCCGGAUAAUCGACUGUAGAUACCCAUACGAAUUUGAAGGUGGGCAUGUCAGAGGGGCGGAAAACAUGUAUUUACACGAGACAAUUUUAACUCUGCUUCAGAACCCAACAACAGAAAAACAAGUUCUUAUCUUUCACUGUGAGUUUUCAUCAGAAAGAGGUCCAAAAAUGUUAAGAUUCCUCAGGAGCAAAGACAGGGAACUAAACAAAGAAAACUACCCAGCAUUAAACUUUCCAGAAAUUUAUCUUCUUGAUGGUGGAUACAAAGCCUUCUUCGGCGAAAAUCCUGAACUAUGUGACCCGAUCAGCUACCGACCAAUGCUUCAUUCUGACCAUUCAACAGAUUUACGCCACUUUCGAGCAAAAUCCAAAUCAUGGACAGCAGGAGAAAAAAGACGAACAAUUUCCAAAAGACCAAAAAAGUGAAAAAGUCUAUUUUAACAAAACGCAUUUGACUAACAAGUCGAACAACUGAUGUUCUUAAACCCUGCUGACUGCCAUUGGCGAUUGCCAAAUAAAUUGAUCACCAGAUCUAACAAAAUGGAUCUUAAUAUUAAUUUAAUACCAAACAGAAAACAAUAAACUUGUGGAAAAGAUGGUAUACCACAAACAUGAGGUGCAAAAAUUUGUACACCAUAUCCGGAUUUCGACAAUUAAUGUCUCUUCAGUGAUGUUAGGGAUCGAAACGGUAUUUGGAAGGCCAUAUAAUUUACCUCAAUUUAGGAAAGACUCUUGAAUUUUAAAGAGUCCAAAUAGGAUGAACGGAUCAUAUAAACCAGAAGGAAAAUAUAAUACAAGCCCAAACGAAAAAAUAUAUA